ACCCGCCAAUCAGCGCUCAGCCCGCCCGCCGCCAUGUUACCUCAGGACUCUCGCCAAGUUGUUGUGGCUACCGAUUAUUAGCAACUUUAUGGGAUUGUAGUGCAUUUGUGCGGUAGUUCACCUCAAGAUGGCCUCCGAUGGGCCGGGAAAGUAUAGGGAACGCAAGACCAGAGCGAGCAAGCCCUACGAGCGGCCCAAGGGUAUCAUCCGCCGGGUGACUGAUUCAUUCACCGGCCUAUUCUCUGCAUCAUGGCUCUCUGGCUGGAUGGGAGGGGAGGAGGAGGAGGAGAGUGGGGAUCCUCAGCCAGGCCCUUCACAGGCUUCAACACAUGCUCCACCUGGAGAAUCCUUCAUCUUUGCCCACCCCGUGACUGCACGGAGGUCAUUCAGGCCUUUCUAUCCAGAGGAAGGUGAAACUGAAAGCAACAGCCAGCCAACGUUGGGUGUCAAUGAGGGUGCCAGUACUAGUAGUGGAGUUAGGACACCACCUCCUGGAGGUAUCACAGGAUCCUCCAGAUCAGUGCAGUUAAAUAAAGAGUCUUCAGGCUCUUCCUUGAGUGGGAGGAGAUUACCUAUUAUUUCCUCCACCCCUGCCAUCAUGUUCACCUCCCGCCCCAAGGGUCAGAUGGAGCCUCGGCCAUUGCCACUCCUUACAACCUCCACACCAGCAUGUGAUGAUGGCAGUGAGGUGAGUGAGUCAUCAGCAGACACUGGGGUGGAUGCUUCAGUCAUCCCUCGACCAGAUGAGAGGGAUUAUCAGCGGGAAAUCUUGCAGCUAGAUGAGGAGUCUCUUCAGACCCUACGGGACUCGUUGACAAAACCUGUGCCUGCUUCACCUAUGGCACAGCCUGCCACCACCUUGCCAUCAUUGGAAGAAACUCGGAAAAGGCCAAGGGACUUGGAACCAGAUCACUCUAGUAUACGUGCAGAAGGUAGUGUAAGCAGUAAGUCCCUGUUCAGUGAAACUGGAAGUGUCUCACAUGGACAGCCCCAGCCAUCAGCAUUGGCCAGCAAGAGGCCACGGUUUAAUGUUUCUAUAUAUGGCUCGCCAGUUAUGAGUGACAGAUCGGUAUUAAGUGACUCAACUUUCAAAGCAUCUCCCUUUUACCCGGGUAAAACUAUGUAUGGUGGAGCCUCAGCAUACAGGAGUAGACGUUUGCCAGUGCGAAGCUCUCACCAGCCUCCACGUGCCCAAGUCAAAGCCAAAGCAGCCCCUCAGUCUGCGGAUGAUGGUGGGCUUAGCCAGGCAGCACGCCGCAUUCUGGAGAGCUUAGAACAGAUGUCAACACCAAUCUCAGAUGCCAAGCGUAUUCCAACACCGACACCAGGGCACAGGGGGAGCUUCUUGGAUUCCUCCUAUACAGCAGCUUUCCACAGGCAUCGACCACCUACCAAGCCUUCUGCCCCUCCCUCCAGUAAACUUUUAACGCCUUCAAAGGUUGCACUCCAAGAGAAUUUUUCUGGAAGCUUACUUCCUAGUACCUCUUAUCUGCAGGAUAGCUCCAUUCAUAAAAAGAGCACAGGCACUACAACAAAGAAAGAAGAGGCUUGCCAAACUGUUUCUGAAUUAAAAAGCACAGAACAAAAAGAAGAAAAGAAAACAAAAGAUGUUUCUUCUGAAAAUUCUGUGGUCUCACUGUUUUCCAAAGCUGCAGCAGAAUCGACAACAAAAUUCAUGCCAUCUUCACAGCCUCCUGUGUCAGUGACAUCUUCAAACCCACCACAGGAUGUGUUCAACUUUGGCGUGUCCACCAGUAGUAGUGCCUCUGCAACCUUUGAGUUCACCCCUAAACCCACUAGCACAACGCUUACAAGUGAGAUUUCACCAUCAUCAAAGCGGGUUGGCAAGAUGAAGACUAAAUUGAUAGACAGUGGCAGAAGUUCCAUAAGGCAUGAAGAGGAAGUGAUGGAAGAGCCCUCUAUUACCCCAGUUCCCUUACUCCUUCCUUCACUGCCGAAAAUCAACCUCACAGUUUCUUCAGCAGGACAGGGCCUGCAAGCUAAUUUUAGUUCCUUACCUGAAGGAUUUAAAUUUUCCACCCCUGAAGUAGUUGAUGUACACUCAACAAGUGAAACUCUGGAUAACGCUCCCAACUUCACGUUUAGCAACCCAACUCUUAUCAGUGAAGGCAGCACACCUAGCCCCAAGACAUUCAUGCCAACACAACCUCAGCUGAUGUUUAACAGUAGUAGCUCAUCUUCAUUGGUCCCCAAGCUAAAGACAAAUUCCAAGAAAGAUGUGACUCCAGAAAAGCUCAAGGGAGGGAGCAUUUUAGAUAUUCUGAAGCCAAAAAGAAAGCUCCCAGAGAACUCUUCUUUAACUGUGUCUCCUAGUAAUGGUGAAAAGACAGUUGUUACAAGUAAGGAAUUUUCUUUGACAAAUUCUGAGAGUACUAAGUCUGUGUUAGAACAGCCAGUCAACAGUGUAGUUAAGAAAACAGACACUGUACAGGGUGUGCAAGGCUUUGGCUCAAUGUUCAAAAAGUCUAGUGAUGAAUGGGAGUGUAGUGUGUGUAUGUUAAGGAAUCAGAAUACAUCUGUUAAGUGUGUUGCGUGUGAAGCACAGAGACCUGGACAGAAUGCAUCAGCCCCCUCUAAGGAUCCUGUGGGAGCUGCUAAGUCAAGUGCAUCUUGGGGAGGAAGUGGGUCAGCUUGGGGGGAUGCUUUCAAAAAAUCAGCCAGUGAAUGGGAAUGUGAUACGUGUUUGGUGCGUAAUAAGGACUCAGUAUCAAAGUGUGUUGCAUGUGAGACUCCAAAGCCUGGAAGCAAGUCAGAGCCAAAAGGUGUGCCAGAUAUGACUGUCGACACUAAAGAAAAGACAAAUACUUUAGGAUUUGGUUCUGCGUUUGCAAAACAAAAAGGAGAGUGGGAGUGUGACACUUGCUUGGUUCGAAACAAGAGUGAUGCCACUAAGUGCAUAUCAUGUGAAACCCCCAAACCUGGUGCUGCUAAUGUGUCUGAAGCCAUUACUGGGAAUUUCAAGUUUGGUGUAAAUACAACUUCAAAUGACUUGUCUUCAGUAGGUUCUACAUUUAAGUUUGGGUUGAGUAACUCGCAAACCGAGGAGAAGCCUGCUUCUAGUGGUUUUAAUUUUGGGGUUGGUGCCAAAAGUAUACAAGAGAAAGAUAGCCAAGGAAACUCGGGAUUCAAAUUUGGAGUGCCUGCAGAGAAGCCUAAUGCCUUUACUGUACAUUCUUUCGGCUCUAGUACUGAAAGUGAUCAACCAAAGGACAAAGUUGCUAGUUCAAGUGUUGCUUUUAGUUUUGGUGUACAGAAAACAGAUACAAAAGACAAAGACAAAACAGAAGCAACAACAGAGCCUUUACUUUUUGGUGGCAAAACUUCUGAUGGUGUGGAAAGUGUGACAUCAACUACACCAGCUUUUCAGUUUGGUUCAGGAACCAAGACACAUGUUGCCUUCAGUUUUGAUGCUGGAACACAGGAUAAAACAAAGGAAGAACAGAAGACAAAUACUUCUAUUGCAGAGGCAAAACCAAGCCUGUCUGAAGAAGUUAAAACCUCUAAAACUAAUGAGCUUUUUGAUCCCAAGGUUGGUGGCACAGAAGGAAAUUCAAAUAAGCCAUCAUUUACAUUUAACAGUAUCACUACAUCCAACAAAGAGGAUGAUUCUAAGAGCACUGCGACUGCAUCACCUUUUGGCGUCCUUACUAACAGGGACCCACCCACUGUAGUUGCUUCUACUGCUCCACCAGCUGCUACUUCUGCUGCAGCAUUGACUGCUCCUUUUGGUGCUACAAGUGGAGCAAACACCACCUCCAGUGGUACUGGAUUAGUAUUUGGGGAUAAAGCAUCUAACCCUAAUGCAUUUCUUUCUUUCUCAUUUUCUUCACCCCAGCCUCCAGCCAGUAAAGAAGAAAAUAAACCAGCACUCACAUUUUCUUUUGGGUCCAAGAUUGACUCAUCUGAAAACAGCGAACCUGCUAAGAAACUCUCCUUUGCAUCACCUUCAUUCACUCCUACGAUCAACAAUGGGGUCAGUGCUCCAUCCUCACUCUUCACCUUUGGGAGCAAGGAGAGUAAACUGGGCUCAGGCUCAGGGUUUGGCACCCCUCCCACAAGUACCCCAGCAUUUGGAGCUCCAGCCCCGUCCUCCAACGCAACACCAGCGUUCCAGUUUGGCAACAGCAACGCUCCUGCUAGAGCUGCCACAGCCCCUUCAGCUUUUGGUAGCCCUGCUCCAGCAUUUGGCAGCAGUGUCAACAGCUCCAACUCUGGUUUUGCCUUUGGUCAACCAACAGAGAAGAAAUCUAGUACUGGAUUUGACUUUGGCCAAGCUGCAAGUAAUACUGGUCCUUCAUCCUUCAACUUCACAGCUUCAGUACCACAGUCCUCCACUCCUGGCCUUUUCCAGUUUGGACAGGGUCAAACAAACAACAGCUCUCCAGGUGGAGUAUUUCAAUUUGGAUCGAGAAAUUCAGAAGUUCAAGCUCCUGGAACUACAUUUGGAAACAAUGAGAACCCAUUUCAUCCUGUCCCUCCUAGUGGCCGGUUGAUGAAGAAGGCAAUCCGUCGGACCAAAAAAUAAUUUUAUAAUGUUAUUCUCUUCAUGUGCUUUGUGGAUAUUUUAUUGGGGGGGAAUUACUUAGAUUAUUUUUAAAUGCUGCUGCUUACUAAAAACAAAUGUGAGCCAUAAUGCAACCAAAUAGUUACAAAAUGCAUAUUACAUGUGACGUUUGUGCUUAUGAAAUUUGUAUAAAAGAAAACUGUCCUUUAUGUCAGAAGACAUCCAGAAAAUAUUUGCUUUUUCUGUAAUACUUUAUUAAGUUAGUCAUGAAAGACUGCCAGCAUAAUCAGUCAGGGAUUUAUUUGCUUUGUGGACUUGAAGUGUGAACAACAAUACAGAUUGUUACCACACUAGGUCUUGUUAACUAUAUUGGAAUUUUCACACCGGGAGUACAAGUGUUACAGACCAAUAGUUGAAGCCAUGCAUUGCUAAACAUGUUUUGAAAAAUACAAUUGAAUGUAAAUCACAUUAAUAUAUAUUUUUUGAUGAUUGUUUGCAUAAAUUUUUCAGAUGUACAUAGCCAUUGCCUGUACACAGCAUAAACUGUCACAAUUUUUUUAUAAGAAGUUUAGGAGCAAAGAUGAUUAGUUUUUCAUCGUCAUAUUUUUAUGUCUGCCAAGUGAAAUUUUGUAACAUAAUUUGCUUGAUACUCCCAUAGUUACAAUACAUUUAUGAACAUGAACCAGUCAGUCUUUUUCUGUGAAGUUUGAAUCUUUGAUUUUAUCCAUUGUGCUAAAUAGAUAAUAAUUUUAUAUUUUGAAUUUAUUUAUUUUUCGUAAUCUAGUGUCUUCAUGCAGUCUGCUUUGUUACUUAUUUACCAUAGCACAUGGAAAAACUCAAGGCAUAACCUUCACAUGAAGAAUGUAUUUAACUUUGGUUAUUGAAAAAACAUGUAAAAAUUUUGCUAUGAACAUUCUGUACAUAUGGAGGCUUAACCAGCCCUUGCAUUAAUAUUGUUUCACUGUUCCUUGUUAAAAGAGAACAUUGUUGAUUAUUUUAUAACCUUUUGUCCAUGUUGAUGGGCAAGUUGUUCUCAGUAGGAAUGUUCAUAGUUUUCUUGUCGCACAGAUCUAUUCCAGCGUCUUGCUAUACAACGGCUGUACAGUUUUAAUGAGGAAAUAGCGCAGACGAUAUAGUAAUUUGUGUUUGGUGCACGCUGUGGACGUUUGAUGUAAAGGUUCCUUCUGCUUAUUUUAUUUUUUGUGAUAUCCUUCUAAUGACAUAUAGGUUGGCUUUUUGCCAAUAAAACAUCAGUCCUCUACAGCACGAGUACCCAUGUAGUGUUGCUCAUGCCAUAAGCAAGGCCUCUAUGAGAUGCGGCAAAAAAUGCGCUUCUAUAAAUAAGUGAUGUAAAUAGUAUACCCAGGCAGGCUCACUCCUUACUAUUGUACAUGGACACUUCAUAUAUUUGACAGACAAGCUGUGUUACUGGGAAGCUGUUGCCAGAACUACGUGCUAUGUGGAUGGUUGUGAGAUGCCGAGUGUACCACCCUUGUAUUGUCCUGUCUGUUGGAUCCCUGAGAGGUUUAUUAUUGUAAUUAGCUCGUAUUAAUAUUUUAUAAUAACUUGACUUUAACAUGUACAAAGCUGUGAAGUGUGCGUGUGUGAAGGAGUUAGACUGCUCAGUGUAUGUGUCUUCGGUUUUGCAUUACUUGGUGUGAGUGAAGUGUUCAAUAAAGGAGCAUUGUAUACCCAUAUCAAA